AUGCGCCUUAGUGGCCACCUACAAAAUACAAACAUUCCUGUAAACGAAAGGAGUCCCAUGAUCUUACCAAAGCAUCAUUCAUUUACUACAUUGGGCAUUAUUAAAGCUCACCAUCGUACAUUACAUGGAGGAACACAAGCUACAUUGGCAUAUGUACGAAGGCAAUUCGGGAUUGUUGGUAGGAGAUCGGCUGUAAAGAGCGUAAUUCAUAAGUGCAUCCCAUAUUUCCGUCACACUUGCCGUCCUCAAACACAAAUCAUGGGUAACCUACCGCUAGAACGAUGUAAAGCUUCAUCACCAUUCAUGCACACUGGAGUGGAUUACGCGGGUAGGGGCUUUCGGGCAUAUAAAGGUUAUGUGGCUCUCUUUAUUUGUUGGGCUACGCGUGCCAUUCAUUUGGAACACGUGAGCGAUAUGACAACAGAAACGUUUCUAGCCGCCUCAAAGCGAUUUGUAUAA